AUGGUUAUUAGCAAAGAAGAGCUAAAUGUAUUAUUUAAAGAAUGUCAAUUGAACAAGUAUAGUGAUCCUUCGUUCGUACUAUCAAAGUUAAGUGCAAUCGCGGAUGAUCUUAUCAUACAUGUUGAACGGUCACAUGACAUUCGAAGAGUAUUCAGUAAUCUUCUCAAAGAUGCGAUACAAGGUGAAAUUGAUUCGAUCAGUUCUCAUCAGAAAGCCAAUAUCGAUAAUGUUCAUCGUCAGAUGAUUCUCUAUUCACUCGACCUUCUUUGUCGAUAUUUACUUGUUCUCGAGCAUUUGAUAACUGGGAAUGAUCAACAGCAUCUUGGAAGUCCAGCGAAAAAACAAAAGAAAUCUAAUCAAACGUGUCAAAUCGAUUGGUAUAUAAAUGAACGAGAUGAAAUACUUCUUCUCUUCACGAAUUUUAUCAAACUUGAUCUUCGACAAUUCUGGCAUGAAACUGAAAGAUUAGAAGAUCAACAAAUCGGAACUACCAUUGUUGAUGUUUGUCUGACAAUUAUUCGAAAUAAUCAAUUCUCCUCACGAGCGAGAACAGUGAAAGAUUAUCUAUCUUUUAUCUUAGCAGUGACGAUUGGACAAUUUCGUAGUGAAGAAGAGACAAGUAUGAAGAUGAUUCAAAUGUUACAAAUUCAAGAGCAUACCGCAACAAUCUUCUCCGCAAUUAUCGUGUGUCAUGUCAAACAUUUUCGAACGGACACUCUACUAGAACGAAUCAUCAACGAUAUUUGUCAUCUUUGCCUUUCAUUUUCGGGUGUUCAAUUAUCAACACCGAUAAGCUCUUCUCGAUCAAACACUUCCGUCGCUAAUGCUCAAUCUGAAACAAACAGUUCUCGUACAAUGGCUAAACUACUCGAUGAAUUAUCCAUUCACAUAUCCGAUCACUUGAUAAUUUACAUCAAUCGUUUACUCGAUUUAUUCGAUAGCGAUUGUCUACAAAUGCGUAAUUGUCUAUUGAAUGUUUGUGUCAACAUCAUUCGCUACUGCUCAUCUUUACCCGAGUACAAAGAACUCCGUGGCGAAUUAUUUUUCUUAAUCAUCGAUCAAUAUUUUCUGGAUUCUAAUGUCCACGUUCGUUCACAUGCCAUCGGUCUCUGUAUGAACUUAGUUGAAGCGAAACUAAUCCCAAUUAAAUUUUAUUGCCAUCUAACACAAGCAACAAUCGAGCGAAUGAAUGACACUUCAUGUAUUGUCAGGAAACAUGCCAUUCAAUUAGCAACCAAACUACUAAAGUUUAAUCCGUACACCGAUCGGUUUCUUCCAAUUGAUACUAUGCUGGACGAAUACAAUACAGAAAUGAAUAAAUUAGUUCAAUUGCAAAAACUCUUGGGACAGACAUUGAAGUUGGAGAACGUUCCGAUCGAUAUCGAUAAGAUUACUGAUAAUGACAAAGAAAAUGAUUUGGAUAAUCAACAUCUUUUAUUCGAACGUGUUGUUGAACAACAACAACGGGUUUGUGCGAUGUAUUCAGCUGAUGAAUCCUUAGCAUCAUUUGAACAUUAUAAUGCAGAAAUGAGUAAAUUGAUGCAAUUACAAAGUCGACUGAAUACUUGUUUGGCAAUCAACAUCAACAAUGAUGUGGUUGAUGAUGAAGAACCGACAGAAAAAGCAAAACGAUUGUUUGAUAAUAUGGUUAAACAAUCCAAGCUUGUAACUUAUUUGCACAAUGCCACGGAUUUUUGUAAUCAUUUACGAAGAUUUUUAGCUAAAGAUGCUUUUUAUCUGCUCAGCUCGAAAGUGACGAGUGAUGUUCUCGAAAUUAUCGAUUUUCUUGUUUUGUGGUCAACAUUCGAAUGUCAAUCAAAUAUUUAUAAAAAACUUGAAAAACAUUUGUUUUCCUUGAUUUGGUCGAAUGAUAAGAAUAUUUCCAAUGCAGUUAUCAAUGCAUUCAAACGAAUAUGUUUGAAAAUUGACGAAGAGAGUACAGAUGAAAAAAUCUCAUCCAAACGAAUCAUUGAGAAACUUCUCGAUCAAAUCGAUCUGAAUCUAACGUUAACGUUUGAACAUAUCCUCAAACAACUUCUUGGUGAAUCAACAUCGACAAGCAUGAAUUUCUUCUCGUUUAUCGAGGUUCUUGUUGAAUACUAUUUGAAAUUAACAACUGAAUCGUCAAAAAAACAUGUACCGGAUGAAUUUUUCAAACAAAUUCAACAACGACAGAAUUCAUUUUUACAGCUAAUCUCUUUCGUUAUCCCACACGACACAAAACAUCGUUUAUCAUCACGCUUACCUUCGAUUAUUCAAAGUCUCAUACAUCAAAUGAAUCGAAAUAGUCUCGAUUAUUUCCACUAUCAAAUGCAAAUUAUCACAAAUCUAUUGACUAUCAAAUCAUUCCAUGAAAUUCCCAGUGAAUUUUAUGACUUAAUGAUCAAAAGAUUGUCGGACUCACCUGUUGAAUCCAGUAAUCAUCAGUCGUGGGUGAAUUGUAUGAAGCAGAUUUUCAACAUUGUCUACCUUAGAGAACCCACUCAUUUGUCAUCGAAUGAUUUUAUAAUGAAAUUCCUUCGUCAUUUAUCUGAUGAGUUGAAUUGGCCUUUAGAAAACUGUGAUUACCAAGCGAAACUAACCGAUGCGUCAUGGCGAACAAAACUUAUUCGACUAUUAGCAUCGGUGAAUGCAUUUUUAAGUCAUCAAGUACAAAAAUAUGAAAGUACAAGUUUAUCAUCGAUAAAAAAGAUCAAAAAAGAAAAACCUCAUGUUACACCUAACGAGGAUGAAAAUGAUAUCGAAAGUGAAACAUCAUCGUCGGUUUCGCGGCAGUUAUUCGAUGACGAAGAUGAAGAAAAUCCUCAUCCAGACGAUAAUCACGAAAAAGACAAUCAUUCUAUGCAACAACAACAUUCUGAUCUCAGUCAUCUCGAACAAGAAUUGUUUCAAUCGAAUUCACUUUUCUUUUCGAUUGAUAAAUGGAUGGAAUCGUUCAUUCAUGAAGAUCAUUCCUUGUAUGACGAAAAUCUUGUAUUAACAAGUAUUUUAACAUGUACUCGAAUGAUGUACGUAUCACCAGGUCUAUGUGCGAAGAAUGUCGAUCGAAUUUUUGAAAUCGCAAAGUUGUGUCCAUACUCAUCUGUACGUUCAGCACUGAUUGUUUCACUUGGCGAUUUACUUCUUCGACAUCCGAAUAUUAUCGAACCAUUUACACCACAAUUCUAUGCACAAAUUCAUGAUAAAGAUUUGAAUGUGGGUGAAACAGCCUUAUGUACAAUUGCGAUACUCAUCUUGCGAGAAAUGAUCAAAGUUCGUGGCUAUAUCAGUGAAAUAGCACUAUGUUUAUUUCAUUCGCACACACCAAUAUCAAGUAUUGCUCAACAUUUCUUCGAUGAACUAUCAUUACGACAACGUGGCAUGGCUUUAUUCAAUGUUUUGCCUGAUAUUAUAUCACGUUUAUCAAUGAACACCAUAUGUUCAAAGGAUAGUUUUCAACAAAUUAUUUCGCAUUUGUUUUCAUAUAUCAAAAACGAUCGUCAUUGUGAGAUUUUAGUCAAACGAUUGUGUAGACAAUUCAAACAAGCGUGUGGUGAUGAUCGGAAACGAGGAAACAUCGCUUUUUGCCUCAGCAAAUUGAAUAUCAAAACAUUGGCAUCGUAUCGUAUACUGAAAGAGAACUUUCCAAAUGUUACCGAAACGAAUGGACAGACUGAAGAUGAUUAUGAUGAAGAAGAGCAUUUAGCAUGGAAAAAGUAUCUCAUGCCUGUGCUCACUGACAUUGAACGACGUUUGAAACCGAUGGAAAUCAAUUCUUCUCGACGGGUUUCGACUCCUACGACGCCAAAACGAAAGCUCGAUCGUUUAUCAUAA